UUCUUUUUUGCCUCUUUUGCUCCCACUGAGACCCUACCCUCUCUUCUAUAGCCCUUCCUCGGUCCGCGGCACAGUCGCUUUCGCCGGCUUAGGCCUUUCCGACGGCAGUUCCCUCUUUCCUUCCCUCUCCUCUUUUCUUCUUUUCUUCUCUUCUCUCUUCCUUCUGCCGCCAGUUUCCUCUCUUUCUUCUUUUCCGGGUGCAAGGUCUCCUUCACUGUUAGAACUGUAUAAAUACCUCAGAAAACUAUCCUAUCCAUAUCACCCACCUCUCUCUCUCUCUCUCUCCCAAAAAAAAAAAUUUUUACUGUCUCCCUAUUAAUCCAUUAAAUCAGGAGAGAAGAAUGGAACGGGACUGCAAUGAAAUUGGCGAGUCCCAAUAUAACAAUAAGGAAGAAGAAACGGAAGAAGUAGAAGGCAAAGUGGGAGAUAAAGAGGAUGAAGAUGAUGAUGAAGAAGAGGAAGAAGAUGAUGAUUACGAGUUUAGAUUCAAGAGCGGUAUCAACCCAUUGGAGUUUGUGGGGGAAAAUGCUUCUGGUCUCCAAAUUUAUCAACAAUUUGAGCGUCUUGAGUAUGAAGCUCUGGCUGAAAAGAAGCGCAAAGCACUUGCUGACGCCCACCUAAGUGAAGGUCCAGCAAAGAAGGCUAGGCAAGAGGAUAUCUCUGAAGCAACCAUGGAUGAAAUAAUGCAAGUCAUUAACUUUGGUGCUCGAAGAAAAUCAAAAAAGCGUAAGAAACGAGGAAGGCGAAAGGGAUCAAGGAAUAAAUUGAGCCCUGAGAUUUUGGGCAUGCUCGGAGAUGCUACGCUCCACUAUGCAAAUGGCCGUUACAAGGAGGCCAUAUCUGUGUUAAAUGAAGUUGUUAGGCUUGCACCAAAUUUGCCUGAUUCAUACCAUACACUUGGACUUGUACAUAAAGCUCUUGGUAAUAAUAAAAUAGCUUUUGAGUUCUACAUGCUAGCUGGAAUUCUUAAACCAAAAGAUUCAUCUCUCUGGAAACAGCUUUUUACCUGGUCAAUAGAGCAAGGGAAUGUUAGUCAGACCUGCUAUUGUCUUUCUAAAGCAAUAACAGCAGAUCCAACAGAUAUUAGUUUAAGAUUUCAUCAAGCAUCACUUUAUGUUGAGCUUGGAGAUCAUCAGAGAGCAGCUGAGUCAUAUGAACAGAUUCAACGACUCUCUCCCAAUAAUGUUGAAGCAUUGAAAAGCGGGGCUAAGUUAUAUCAGAAGUGUGGUCAAACUGAACGAGCUGUUGCUAUUUUGGAGGACUAUCUUCAUGGUCAUCCAAGUGAAGUUGAUUUGGGCGUGAUUGAUCUUCUUGUUGCUAUGUUGAUGGAAAUUAAUGCAUAUAAAAGGGCUAUUUUGAAAAUUGAGGAGGCCCAAAUUAUCUACUAUUCAGAGAAAGAACUGCCUUUGAACUUGAAAAUUAAGGCAGGAAUAUGCCAUAUUCACCGGGGAGAUACAGAGAAGGCAAAGAUCUACUUCAGUGUCUUGGAAUUUGGUAAAUCACAUGAUCAUGUCGACUUGAUUACUGAAGUGGCAGACACGUUUAUAAGUCUUAAGCAUUUUAGCUCUGCGCUGAAGUAUUACCAUAUGUUGGAGACUCUUGAUGGAGUUGAUGAUGCUAAUUUGCAUCUAAAAAUUGCUCGCUGUUACUUAUCUUUGAAAGAAAGAGUUCAAGCUAUCAAAUUCUUUUACAAAGCACUCGACCAGAUUGAGGAUGAUGUUGAUGCUCGUUUAGAUUUGGCUUCCCUUCUUGUUGAAGAUGCUAAAGAAGAUGAAGCAAUUUCUUUGCUGUCUUCUCCAAUAAACUUAGAUCCCCAGAAUAUUGACCAGAAUCCUGAUAAAUCUAAACCAUGGUGGCUUGAUGGGAAAAUAAAAUUGAAGCUCUGUCACAUUUAUAGAGCUAAGGGGAUGCUUGAGAAAUUUGUCGACACAAUUCUCCCUUUGGUUCGUGAGUCACUUUAUGUAGAGUCUCUUCAGCUGAAGAUUAAGGUGAAGAAAAGGCUACGAGAUAGUGUUCUAUUUGAAAGAGUUAAAAAAGUUGAUGAUCAGCAAACUGAUGGUGUAUUUUGUGGGUCAAGGCCAAUAGUAACUCCAGCAGAUAGGAUGAAAGCAUCCAGAGCAAGGAAGCUGCUGCAAAGGAAAGCUGCGUUGAAGGAAGAAAAAAAAGCUGCAGCGAUAGCUGCAGGACUCGAUUGGCAAAGUGAUGAUGCAAAUGACAAAUCUGAGCAAGAACCUGUUAAAGAGCCUCCUUUGCAUAAUCUUCUAAGGGAUGAGGAGCAUCAAUACCUUAUCAUAGAUUUGUGCAAGGCAUUGGCAUCAUUGCAAAGGUAUUACGAAGCAUUGGAGAUCAUCAAACUCGCAUUGAAAUCGGGUCACAACAUUUUGCCUGUUGAGAAGGAGGAGGAGCUUCGGUCACUUGGAGCACAAAUGGCAUAUAACACUAUGGAUCCCAAGCAUGGGUUUGACUGUGUGAAACACAUUGUUCAGCAGCAUCCAUAUAGUAUUGCUGCUUGGAACUGCUAUUACAAAGUAAUUUCAAGACUGGGAAAAAGUUAUUCCAAGCAUUCUAAGUUUCUACGUUCUAUGCGAGUCAAAUACAAAGAUUGUGUACCAUCCAUUGUCAUCUCUGGUCAUCAGUUUACUGUGGGUUGUCAACAUCAAGAUGCUGCUCGAGAAUACCUAGAAGCUUAUAGAGUUCUACCGGAAAAUCCCUUAAUUAAUUUGUGUGUGGGGACUGCCUUAAUCAACUUAACCCUCGGAUUUAGACUUCAAAACAAGCAUCAGUGUCUUGCACAAGGUUUAUCAUUCCUCUAUAACAAUUUGCGGCUUUGUGGAAGUAGCCAGGAAGCAUUGUACAACAUUGCUCGGGCUUUCCAUCAUGUUGGACUUGUCACUUUGGCAGCCUCAUAUUACUGGAAGGUGCUUGCAAUUAGCGAGAAAGAUUAUCCCAUCCCAAAACUUCCCAAUGAGAAUUGGGAUGUGGCGGAGAAUCAGAAUCAUGGUUAUUGUGAUCUUCGGAGAGAAGCAGCUUUCAAUUUGCAUUUAAUCUAUAAAAGAAGUGGAGCAUUGGAUUUAGCUAGGCAGGUCUUGAGAGACCACUGCACUCUUGAUUAAUCUUGCUGUCUAAAGUUAUGCACAGAACAUGUUGAUAUAUUUAUUUGCCUAUAUGCAAUUGUAAGGAAUUUGUUCUUUUUCUUAUCAA